AUGGAUAAAAAAACUUCCAUUGACAAUUUAAUUGAUCAUUCUCAUGUAGUUGAGAAAACUGAUAAAUCUACCACAGAAAUUAAAGUAGUAAAGCCUGAAAGUGCUUUAAAAAGAAAAUCUUCUGCAUCUCAUCCUGUUCAACAUGUUAAAUUUAAACUUGGUGCUGGUGAUGAUGAAGGGCAUUAUUCAAAUGAGCCAUUAUCAUUUAAUGAAUAUGAAAAUGAUAUUAGAACACAAAAUGGUCGUAAAGAAAAUAAACAAUUAUUAAUUGAAAAAAACAAAAGUGACAUUGACAGGAUUGCUUCUAAGUCAACAAUAAGUUCUUUAGAAAAUAAUGAAUCAUCAAAUGAUCAUAGUCAUUAUUAUCAUGAUAUAAAUCCUGAAAAAGUUGAUGGAGAAGUAUUAGUUGAGUUGUUUGAUUUAAAAAAUCCAGUAACAGAAGGAAAAAAUAAAUUUUGGGAACAAACUUCACGUUGGUUAAAAUAUGAAGAAGAUGCUGAAGAGAUAAAUAAUCGUUGGGGACAACCACAUGUAGCUUUUUUAAGUUUUGAUUCUUUAAUUCAAUUAAGGAAAGUUAUGAGUAAAGGAGAAUUUCAUUUUGAUGCCGAUAUUAAUAAUUUUAAUGAGUUAUACAGUUUACUUGCUCAAUCAUUAUAUUCAGAAGGUUUAUUGAAAUGUGAUCAAGCUGAUGGUGUAAAACAUAUAAAAGAUAUCUUAACAUUAAAUCAUAAAUCAGUUGGUAGAAAAGUAUCCCGAAGUAAUACACAAGCUAGUUCUAUAUUAUCAAUUAAUUUUUCAAAUAGUUUUUCAAGAAAUAGAUCAACAUCACAAACACGUUCGGCAUCUUUUCAAACAAAAACUUCAUUAUCAUCAUUAAAACCUCAUUCUGGUUGUGAAACAGUAAAAUUAAUAAAUAAUGAUAUUUCAACUAAAAUUAAUGAAAAUCGUAGUUUUCCAAAUUUAAGAAAAGUUAAUGAAUCAAAUGAUAAUAUUAAUGAUUGUAUAGAAAAACCUAAAAGACGUUUAUCAGUAUUUCAAAUGUUUUCUGAAAAAAAUUCAUCUGAUGGAUUAGAAAAAAAGAAUUCAUUUUAUCAUAAAUAUGAUGAUAUAUUUAAAAAUCUUCCAAAAGGUUGUGAAAAAGCAAAUGUUUUAUGUGGUUGUAUACCUGAUAUGACAAAAGCUAGAUUAGUUAUGAUUCGUUUAAAAAAUGCCGUUUAUUUAGAUGAUUUUUCUGAUUCUAAUUUACCAUUACGUUUCAUAUUUGUUGUUCUUGGACCAGUUCUUGAUGAAGGUAGUUAUCAUGAAUUAGGUCGAGCUUUGUCAACACUUUUAGCUGAUUCUCAUUUUCGACGUAUUGCAUACGCUUCAUAUAGUAAAUCUGAUCUUAUUGACGCUGUUGAUUAUUUCUUAAACGAUUCUAUUGUAAUUCCUCCAGGAGGUGUUGAUAAUAAGAAAUUGUUAUGGAAUAAUGAAAUUAAACGUUUUAUAAAGAAGAAACGUGCUGAUAUUAUAAUGACAGAACGCAAAGGUGCCGUUAUGAAUGUUUUAACUCGUAGUGAUUUACAAAAAGUUCAUGCUUCAGCUCAUCAUUCAAUUAAUAUGUCACAUCAUAAUUUUUCUAAUGAUGAAAAAAAAGAUUCAAAAUGUUCAAUGUUUAAAGGAUUACGUAAUGAUAUUAUAUCAAGAAUUAAACAUUAUACAACUGAUAUAACAGAUGCCUUUAAUUUACAAUGUCUUAGUUCAGUUGUUUUUAUGUUUUUUGCUUGUUUUGCUCCAGCAAUUACUUUUGGUGGUUUAAUGGGUUCAUAUACUGAAGGACAAAUGGGUGUCACUGAAACUUUAAUGGCUCAAUGUAUUUGUGGAAUAUUAUGGGGAUUUUUUGGCUGUCAACCUCUUAUUAUUAUGAGUGCUACAGGGCCUGUUUUAGUUUUUGAAGCUGCAUUAUAUACAUUUUGUCAAAAUUUUCAUUUAGAUUUUCUAACGAUUCGCCUUAUAACUGAUGGUUCAAGAUUAUUAAAAUAUGUCACAAGAUAUACAGAAGAUAUUUUCGCAACACUUAUAUCAUUUAUAUUUAUAACGGAAAGUCUUAAAUUUAUUAAACAUACUUUUCAUGAUCAUCCUGUGGAAAAUUUUGCCUAUUAUCAAGAAUUUCAUAAUAAAUGUGGUAAUGUAUCAACUAUUCAAAAUAUAAAAAAAGUUCCAGAUGUUGAUGCUUUUAAAAAUUUAAUUGAAAUAGAACCAAAUACAGCAUUAUUAACCGCAAUGAUAACAUUUGGUGUUUUUGCUUUUGCUUUUUGUUUGAAAAAAUUACGUGAUAGUUUUUUUCUGGGAAGACAAGCUAGAAGACUUGUUGGUGAUUUUGGUGUAUUAAUAUCAAUUGCUACAUUUGCUAUAAUAGUAAGAGUUUUUUUUAAAGAUCCAUAUAUAUCAACAUUAGAAAUGAAAAAAGAUUUUGAUUUUACAAAUAGUACAGCAAGAGGACAUGGUUUAAUUAUAUAUCCAAAAUUAGCUAGUGAUGAUUUAUUUUUUGGUUGUUGUGUUGGUUUUGGUGUUGCAUUACUUGUUUUUAUUUUAUUAUUUGUUGAAACAGAAAUUACUGAAUUAUUGUUAGACAGAAAAGAACGAGGUCUAAAAAAAGGUAGUGGUCGAGAUUGGGAUUUACUUUUAGUUGGUUUAUUAUGCCUUUUAAUGUCAUUUAUUGGUUUACCAUGGAUGUGUGCUGCUGCUGUUCAAUCACUUGCACAUUGUGGUUCAUUAACAGUAAUGAAAAAAAAAGUUCCUGGUGCAAGACCUGAAGUUGAUUAUGUUAUUGAACAAAGAAUAACAACAAUUGGUAUUGGAUUAAGUAUAGGUGUUGUAGCAUUUUUUGGUGAAUAUUUACAAUUACCAAUGGCAGCAUUAUUUGGUGUAUUUUUAUAUCUUGGUGUAAUGAAUCUUUCUGGCGUUCAAUUAAAGUCAAGAAUUAUUUUGUUUUUUAUUCCUGAAAAAUAUCAUCCAGUUGUUCCUUAUACUGAAAAUGUUAGAUUAAGAAAAAUGCAUCUCUAUACAACAAUACAAAUAUUAUGUCUGAUAUUUAUCAUUUUUAUCAAAACAUACUUUGCACUACUUUUCCCAUUUAUUUUGAUUAUUUUUAUUUUAAUAAGACUUUUCAUAUUUCCUUAUAUUUUUAAUGAAAAAGAACUUAAAGCUUUAGAUGGAGAGGAUGAUCAAGAUGAUGAUGAAUGGAUGGAAAGAGAUUUCUAUGAAAAUGCACCUAUUCCUGUUUAA